AUGAAGCCCCGGCCCGCGAGGUUAGUGGACAACAGGCUGAAGCAGCGAGUCGUGCAGUACCUCACCAGUAACAGAUGUGGCAAAUAUGUGGACACUGGAGUUUUAGCAUCUGAUUUACAAAGAAUGUACAGUAUAGACUAUGGUCGAAGAAAAAGAAAUGCUUUUAGGAUUCAGGUAGAAAAAGUAUUUAGCGUAAUUACCAGUGAGAAAGAACCUAAGGAUCUAACAGAAUUAGAAGAUGAGCAUCUGGCCAAAAGGGCAAGACAAGGUGAAGAGGAGAACGAGUAUACUGAAAGCUCUUCAGAUCAUGAUUCAAAUAUGGAAGAUUACCCAGAUCCACAGGCGGCAAAUCACAUGAACAGCUCCCUGCUCUCCUUAUAUCGGAAAGGACAUCCCGACUCUGCUUCACGGACUCCCGAGAUGGAUCACAGAGAAGCCACCGUCUCGGCCCCACGGACACCUUCCGGAACAGACUCCAUUCCUUCGAAGACCCCUGCCGGGGGUUCAGAGGGAGGGUGGUUUAUUGAUAGAACUCCCGGCGGAAAGAUGGACCUGGCAGGCGAGAAGAGCAAGCACAAGAAGCCAGGAUCUGAGAGAGAGGAUUCCAAAGACGCUUCUCUGCUGGAGAGUAAUGAAAAAAGGAAAGGCAGGCUGAAGCGCAAGGGAAACAAAAGGAAGAAAGACCUUCAGGAAGUAGACGGAGAAAUACAAGAUGUCCUGCAGAGGAAAGCUAAAGCCAAGGGGCUGGAAUUACAGAUCUCCAAGGUGAAAUUUGAAGAUGUUGGAGGCAGCGAUACAACAUUAAAAGAAGUCUGCAAGAUGCUCAUCCACAUGCGUCACCCGGAGGUGUACCGCCACCUGGGCGCCACCCCGCCGCGUGGGGUUCUCCUUCACGGGCCGCCGGGCUGCGGGAAGACCUUGCUCGCGCACGCCAUUGCAGGGGAACUGGACCUCCCAAUUCUGAAAGUAGCUGCCACGGAGAUUGUAUCCGGAGUGUCUGGGGAGUCUGAGCAGAAGCUGAGAGAAUUGUUUGAGCAGGCAGUGUCAAAUGCACCCUGUGUCCUCUUUAUUGAUGAAAUUGAUGCCAUUACCCCCAAAAGAGAUGUUGCUUCAAAAGAUAUGGAACGAAGGAUUGUGGCCCAGCUCCUAACCUGCAUGGACGAUCUGAAUACCAUGGCUGCCACCGCUCAGGUCCUAGUCAUUGGAGCCACUAACCGCCCGGACUCAUUAGACCCUGCUUUGAGACGUGCAGGAAGGUUCGACCGAGAAAUAUGCCUGGGUAUCCCAGAUGAAGCAUCCAGGGAAAGAAUACUUCGAACUUUGUGCAGAAAACUAAGACUUCCGGAAACUUUUCAUUUCCACCACUUGGCACACCUCACUCCAGGCUUUGUUGGCGCUGACCUGAUGGCGCUCUGCCGAGAGGCAGCCAUGUGUGCGGUCAGUAGGGUCCUGAUGAAGCUGCCCGAGCCGCGGGCCGACCCUGAGAUGGAACCUUUGCUCUCCAGAGGAGGCCGGGGAGACGGGAUCGGAACGAAGCCCGCUUCCGAAGCACAGGAGCUUUCCGCGCAGGUGCCGAACCUGUCCUUCGUGUCGGCCGCCCAGCAAGCGUCGGAUGAAUUGCAAAGGCUGCUGGUGUUGCUGCGAAACCAGGACCCCCUCUCAGAGGAGCGGCUGCAAGGGCUGCGCAUUGAACUGAAUGACUUCAUUGUUGCUCUGUCCUCCGUCCAGCCCUCGGCCAAAAGGGAGGGCUUUGUCACUGUCCCCAAUGUGACUUGGGCAGACGUCGGUGCCCUGGAAGAUGUCAGAGAGGAGCUCACCAUGGCCAUCCUGGCACCGGUACGUAACCCCGAUCAGUUCAGAGCCCUCGGAUUGGUGACCCCAGCUGGAGUCCUCCUGGCGGGCCCGCCCGGCUGCGGGAAAACGCUGCUGGCCAAGGCAGUUGCAAAUGAGUCCGGACUGAACUUUAUAUCUGUCAAGGGCCCCGAAUUGCUAAAUAUGUACGUUGGUGAGAGUGAGCGUGCAGUACGACAGGUGUUCCAGCGAGCCAAGAACUCCGCGCCCUGUGUCAUAUUCUUCGACGAAGUGGACGCCCUGUGCCCUCGAAGGUCGGACCGAGAGACGGGGGCGAGCGUGCGCGUGGUGAACCAGCUGCUCACCGAGAUGGACGGGCUGGAAGCGCGGCAGCAGGUUUUUAUCAUGGCGGCCACCAACCGGCCAGAUAUCAUUGACCCUGCAAUCCUGCGCCCAGGACGCCUGGACAAAACACUUUUUGUGGGUUUGCCGCCCCCAGCGGAUCGCCUGGCCAUCCUGAAAACCAUCACCCAAAACGGCACCAAACCCCCACUGGCCGCAGAUGUCAGUUUGGAAGCCCUUGCUGGGGACCUUCGCUGUGACUGCUAUUCGGGUGCGGACCUCUCUGCUUUGGUACGAGAAGCUUCUGUCUGUGCUCUGAGACAGGAAAUGGCAGAACCAAAGAGUGGGAGCAAGAAAGGUGAGCUCAAGGUCAGUCAGAAGCACUUUGAAGAAGCUUUCAAGAAAGUAAAAUCAUCUAUAUCAAAAAAGGACCAGGUGAUGUACGAAGCCCUGCAGCGGUCCCUCGGACACCCCCACAACCGAGAAAGCAGCCGUGGGACCCGCUGUCCCGUGGCCUCAGGCCCCUUCCAGAUCUCCAGCUGCCCCAGCUGUGCCCUCCUGCGGAAGGUGCUGGAGACCAGGUACCUGGUGGCACCAGGUACUCUGGGAGGCAGCGGGGCCACAAGGGGUAAGAAGCCAAGGUCUCUGGGCACCUGUUAUCGCCACAACCGCGCGAAGUCGUGUCCGCAGGAGGAUCUUAUUUCCAAAAGCUCAGAGUAA